AAUCUCGUGACUAAAAAUAAAUCAAUGGACGUUCGUUCAACCUUUGUGUUGUUGUUUACUGAAUUAAUACUGGUAAAAUACGCUGUUCGGUACUCCGAUCAAAAUUAUUUCAGUCUCUAUAGAUGUGGAUCUGGAUGACUGAGGACCUUUGGUAACCUUGGUGUCAUCAUGGCCAGUUCGUCAGGGAAUGCAGUCAACGUUUCUUCAGAUCCUGUGGCAAGGCUUGCCGAUUUCCUCAGACGGGGCAAGUCUGACAUUAAGGUAUUGACGGGUAAGAGCAAGCUGUCCCUGACGACCGUCUAUCUUUCCAUACUGAACCGAUGCUUCGCUACAACUCAUCCCACUGAUGACUCGACGGAGGUAGUGGAUGGUGGAAAAAAAUAUGAUGCAGAGUCCGUUAAAUAUCUAAGAGAUGUUCUCCACAGGACAUUAGGUUUAAAGUUACUACACGAGAAUGCUACUUUGAAAGGUGCUGUGGAUGUAUCACGUUUUCAUGCGUUGACGGUCCUAGAGGUCAAGCGAGUACCCGUCCAUUUUUUGGUUGGUCUAGGCUCUCUCCGAUCCCAGCUCAGGGUGCUGAUAUGUUCCAGAUGUGUCCAUUCACUUCAGAUGCUGUUGGUAGGAUGCGGUGGAGAUAAAGCAGACGAACAAGACUGGCCUGUAUUACACACCCUUAACCUCAGUCAUAACUACAUUGAUGCCCUGGAUGAGUCAUUGCGUUUCCUUCCUGCCUUGAAAGCACUGGACCUAAGCCAUAAUAAUAUCAGACACACAAGAGAUUACUUUGAGAGUCUUCCAGAGAUCAUCCAUCUAAACUUGAGUUACAACCAGCUAUGGAGGGUACCUUCGCUGGGAGAGUUCAUUCCAUCUCAUCUACAGACCUUGAUCCUUCGAGGUAACAACAUUGAAAGCCUUUCUGGUGUGGAGUACCUGGAGGACCUAGGAACCCUGGAUCUUGCCAAGAACGCAAUCUUUGACUCCUCGGAACUCUUCUCUUUGGGUUACCUGCAUAGGCUAAGGAAGAUGCACUUUGAUGGAAAUCCAUUCACCUUCCAAAGCAAAUGGCGGUUGAUGAUUGCAAAAUACCUACCACCAGAGGCAGCACAGUUAGUUACCUUUAUUGAUGAGGUUCCUUUGACCAGAGCAGAGAUACAGCUUGUACCCAGAAAGAGCACCGUAAGACCUAUGAGGCCGGAGUACCUCUCCGACAACUUCUCGGCUUCUCUCCGCUCCGACAUGUCAUACGAUAACCUGGAGGAAUCGGUAGACCCCGAGGGAGGUCAGAAAAGGAGGAAGCAAAGGGUCAAAAGGUUAUCAGCAAAGGUCAGGAAUGCAUCCAUCAGUGAGCAGUCAGAGGACCAGAAACAGAGAGCUAGGAAGCAGCUGUCAGAUACUGGUGUCAAAUCAUCCUCCAGCCCAAGGACCACACCAGGAACCGAUGCCAAGAAAGAGUUUGAGGAUAUUAGACAGAUGCACGGCAAAGACUGGCUCCUGGCCCUUCAUAACCCUUAUGAGCCACUCUCCAAACCUCCUGGACAUGUUAGACAGAGUACUGAACCACGGCGUAGUCCCACCGAUGCUAAACUGGGUGAUGUUAAUGACGAUGUUGGAUCAAGGACUAAUAUCCAGGUGGACGUCCAUCUUGAACAAGAGGGGUAUUCAGCUGGGCGUGGCCCUCCGAUGGUGGUGGUGGAGGAGGCGGUAGAGAGAACAUCCAUGCCAAAUGAAGAAAGCACCAGGGUGAAUCCUGUAGAUGGGGUCAGAGGUCAGGUCAACGGUCAUGUCAAAGGUCAGGAAGAUGAAGGUGUGAAGCAACUAUCAAGGGAAUCCUCGGAGCAGAUUGACCUGUUGAUGAGACAGGAAUCCCAGCUCCAGGUUAGAAUCAAAGAUGGUGACUUGAAAGAAGAAGAGGACGAUGAUAAAGAGGAGGAAGAUGAUGGCAUUGACCUGUGUGGCCCAUUGCUGAUCAGACUGAACAAAUCUGAACCACCAGUUCAACUCUUCGUCACCAUCAAGGAAGCGUUUAUUGAAGAGAAAAACCUUUACGGCAAGGUUGUUCAGAGACUGGAAACAAAGAGUCUAAUAGGAAUGACGAUGUCAAUAGAAGAAAUGCUUGAUGAAUUCAGCAAUGCUCCUGUAGAGCUUCCCGUAGUGAAGCUGUCCUUUGACUAUAUCAACAAGGAACGUCGUAAGAGAGAUUAUGUCAUGGAGGAUAUGAACACCUGUGAAGCCCUGAUUAAAGUCCUGGAACCAAUCAUAGUCCAGAACGAGGCAAGUAAGACCAGGAUCUUCUUACAGUGUCUGAAGUGUAUGAUGACAUUCCCAAAGGAACAGGCUAAGAAAAAAGUUGAGAAGAAGCCGAAGAAGUCUGGGACGUGGACCUCUGAGGAAGAGAGCGGGAGUGAUUUUGAGUCGGUCAGUGAAGUAUUGACCUGUCCAAGCUGUGGUAGUAACCUUCUGCUAGAGGUCGAUGACCCUAGAAGGUCAGAGGUCAACACACCUGUAGGGUCAGUGGCAUCGGUUGACAUGGCAGCAAUGCCUAUGGCUGCAUCAUCACCAUGGAAACAAAAAAGAGAAGCAGAUACCAUUGUGGUAAGCCCUUCCAACAAACCCAGCAAUUUGAUAGACCCGUCAGUCGACAUUUUCUCCUCCAACUCCUCUGAUCUCAGCUACACCAAGAGUGCCUCGUCCACCCCUUCCCAGCUCUCACCAAAGAAAGACCGGACCAAGAUGAACCUUAGUCCAGCCCAUGGUCCAAGAGGACAGGCCAUUAGAGAUCUGAUGCCAUCACCAUCCAAAGACGGCUCAUUGACCUCGUCGCUGUCAUCACAACAUAGUGGGACAAGUUCAGAUUUUAGGUUACCCGAUCCAAGCAUCAAAAUGGAAGUAACUGAAAGUAGUCCAGUGGAAGAGCUAGUCAACUACACGAGAGAGAAACUCACAGAGCUACUUACCACCAACAAGAAAGGUUUCAGGCAAAGCACUGAACAACCAAGCAGUACUUCCCAAAGGUACUCUCUCUGUCCCACUGAUGGUGGGAGUGUAUCUAGCAUGGAUGCCUCGGGACCUACCACCCCUGUCCAACAAAUCAUAACCAACCCCUUUGACUCACAAUUCAAGAACUCUGCCACCAAGAUUGGCCCCUCAAGGACAUCACCAUCCCAGCUCCUCAACGGCAGUGCUAACAUACCUGCUGAUGAGUCCGAUGGAGGAGGUGUCGUCGGCGCGUCCGAUGAGAGCGAGGUUAGGACUAACGGAGGAAGUGAUGAUGUAUUCAACCCCAGGGUUGAUCAUAGAUACAGUGAGGAUGAUAUCGUGGUGUUGCAGAACCCGGAAGCAGCAGCGUCCAGUCAUAACAUGGAAUAUAGGAAUGUCUUUCACCUACAAGAUGGGCAACAUCAAGACAAGGACUCCGUCUCCGUGGAUGCCAUCAGCGUCGGGCGCUUGGACAGCAAUGAGAGUGACAUUGCCGUGAUAAGUGAAACGGACGCUCAAAGCAGUAACAGCGCGCUCGCGUUGCUCAGGAACUCAAGCCUUGGGAAUAUCAGUGCGACAUCAGAUACUGUGUUUGAAAACAAUCACCAUGGAAAUGUGAGCAAUGAGAGUAGUGAAAGUCCUGCUCAGCAACGGCAGCAGACUUCAUCAUCUGAUGAUCACAGGGGCUUGCUGAGCUCCAAUGAGCAUGACGUUAUCUAUAAAUCAAACUCUGGAGCUGAGAGUGCAUCCGAGGUCAAUGGAGGUGGACAGUGGAAUGUUGGUGGUGCCCACCAACCUGUAAUCAAAAGAACGGUCCAGUCUUCACCGUCUCAUUCUAUUAACUCAGCAGAGACAUCCAUGUUAUCAAUGGCUGAGGAGGAUUGCUGUAGAGUAGAUCACCGUCUAAAGCUCUUCUUCUCCAUGUCUGUCUUUGGCAAUGAGGAAGAAUUCACUUGUCUAUUAAAGGGCACUGUGUUUCAGUUGAGCAAGAAGCAACAUUUUGAUGGUGUGGUGGUUGUAUCAACAGAUAGUAUCUACCUCAUGAAGAUCACAAAAGAAGAAAGUGAGAACCCAUCUGAUUGGCUGGUUAAGAGAACGCAGCAUCCAAUCAAGGACCUUGUUAGAAUACAUGUCGGUCUUGGAAGUCAGAGUGUGCAGUUUGAAUUCUGCUCCGAUGGGAUUCUCUACACCGUUGUGAUCGGAGACAAGAAGAGAAUUAGACAGUUUGCUGCAGUUUUGAUGAAUUUAAUCAGUACAAGUGCAUGGAAGAAAAAAUUUAAAGGUGUUGUAUGGGAGCAUGCCCAGACGUUUCUCAACCUUACCGAUGAGGUGUUUGUCCCCCAGGCUACAGGGGAUACAAGCUAUGAGGUAGACCCUCAGAUCACUGUCUUCAUCACGUCACAACUCAAGACAAGACUAGAAACGAAACAAGGUACAGAGAUGAGAGUAGAGCCACUAGGUAUCGUAGUAACCGCUACUGAUAUCUACCUGGUCGAAGAGAACCACUUCUAUCCCUUAGCUCUGGGGAAGAACAAGAAGAGUGUCAAGGGUCAACAUCAGUUCGUCCCAAAGGGUCAUCGCAAGAUCAGUGAUAUCUCAGGACUGGAGUUGUACGGUGACUCUCCAACUGAUGUGACGAUUUCAUUCUUUAGUGAGGACACUGGUGAGGAAUCUCAGUGGAACAUCAGUACAUCAUCAGAUGCAUCGCUGGAUCAACUUAUAACAGCCAUCAAGCAACCUUGGAAAGAGAUGUUUGGUGUUAACAUUCAAGAAACUCUUCAUCCCUCUAUCGCUAUCCAGGAUUUGACGUGAAGUCUCCAUGGAAACGGUCAAAGAGAUAUUAACCAUCAUCAUACUGACCACCCAAACUUCAUCAAUAUCAGCUAUGCCAGAUGUCCAAUCCAUCAAUUUAUUAUUUAUUCCUUAUUUUUAAUUUACCUUAUAAGGUAAUAAAGAUAUUGUUUGUAUUUUUCUAUAAUUUUCUGUCAUCUGAUUGGAGGAAGAGGAAGAUGGAGUUUUGGUAACAAUCUGUUAAGAAGGAGCACCUGUCUGUAAGGACCACAGAUUUGGUUCCCUUAAAUAUAAUGCCCUAAAGUGAGAGAACCUGCUCAUGAAGACCGCUUUUCUUGUCUCUCUUGGAUAGUGUUUAUAUAUAUAAUUAUAUACGUAUAUAAGAAUCAAAAUUAGGAAUAUAAAUAUAUAAAGAAAUUAAAAUCAUAGAUUAUAAAAGAAAACGGAGCAUAGCUUUAAAAAAUGAAAGGUAAAGUCACAUAUAUAACUAUACUUUAUAUUUCUAUCUUUCCCACAAUUCAGGUUAGUAAACACCAUGUAUUUUUAAUCAUUCAAGGAGAUAAGAAUAAUAGUUUUGGAUGACAGGUUUUCUUGUUCUACAGGUUUUCAUUUUGAGAUUUUUUUUUAUAAGCAACCAUAUUCAAGGAAAACUACUAAUGCAGCCUUAAUAGACGGAUGAGCCUUUAUACAAACAGAUGGGCACUUAUAAUGCAAUAUUUUGGAUGAUCCAUAAAUGCCCUUUUCUUUGUUAGGCGUUCAUGGUUUCCUUUCUAGUUAUGUAUUAUUUGAAGAAGUAUGUGCAUUUCAAGAAAUGUCUUAUUAUAUGAAGAGCUCUGUUUGAAAAGGUACUACAUUUAUGCUUUUGAAGAAAAUUGAGCUAUUAAUUUAUUGAUAUCAAAAUAUGAAUCUCUCUUUACAUAUAAGUUUCUACCCAAACUUUGAAAGCAAUUAGAUAUAGAAAACUUUUGUACUGUCUUUUCACAGCCAGUUGUUUUGAUAGGAAUAUUGUAAACUUCAAUAUUUUGCUGAAAAUAACAGUUGUAUUACUUUCUAGCAUAUGGUGAUAAGGAAUAAGCCAUUCAAAAGUUUAUUUCAAAACCUUUCAAGGAAAUAAAUGCACUGUUCUUCUUUUUAUUGUCCUAUGCAAACUGCUGAUAUAUUUCUACUUUGCAUUUUAAUUCCUUUAUUUAACUUUGAUAUUUUACUUGAUUAAAAAACUGCUUUAUGCUCUGACAUUUACUAAAUAUUAAAUUCUACUUCUGACAGAGACUGGGAAAUGGUAAAUGAAUUAAAGAAUAAACGACCUUAGAUUAACAUUUAUUUUGUUCAGAAAAAUCAAUUAAUUCAGUUAAAAAGUAAUUAAUUAAGUCAAAGGAAUUUUCCAUCCAAUUAUUGUGCAAAGCUGUUGUAUAGCGAAUUAGCAAUGUGAAGUCUUACAUCACUGAUUUUUCAGUGAAUAUUCUUCAGUGCGAGCCUAGUUUUGUUCCAAAUAAUAUAUUUUUGGUUGAGGUUGGAACAUUUUAAAAUGUGGUCUGUUAAUAUUUCAAUGCUCAUGCUAACUUUCAUAUCUUGUCAGCACUGUAAUGAACCUUAGAUGUUGCAUUUUACCCCAUGAAAUAUGUUGCAACAAAUUACAUAAUUUAUUAUAUUUAAUUUAUUUUCAUAUGUAAAAUAUGAUGCUGAAUGGGAAAUUAUCACCACAGAAAAAAGAUGUAUUUUUUAAUGUUUAUUUACAUGUAUGAUACUCAAGCUAUCUGCCCAUCUAAUGGGAAAAUCUGGAAGAACUCUUUAAGUGUUUGGGCCCUCGAGGAUAAGAAAAUAAUGAUAAAUGUUGAAGAUCGAUGAUGUACUAUAUUUUAUGUUGGAUAAGAGAAAAUGUGAUGUAAAUAUCUUCUAAAAUCACAGAGAUUCUAUUUAUUUUUUAGUAUGUUUGUUGUGUACUCUAGUGUUAAAAAUGUAAGGUCACUUGAUUUAAUGUUGAAGAAAACAUUGUCCAGGUGUUGUUAUUGUUUUUUUUAUGCCAGCCUUACAUUUUAUUGUAUUGAAAAUUUACUUUAUUUGAUGGAAAAUUAUGAGCAAAAACUGUGCAGUGAAGAACCUACUUAGGGGGGGGGGGCAGAAAAAAAAGAUAAAUGCUGCUGGAAAACAGCAUUGCAAUAGAAAAUACAUGACUCUGUCUUAAAUUUCUUUUUGUGCACAUUAUUGAUACAAGUUUACAGCAAAGUAUUUCUUUGAAGUUAUUUGCCCUAGGGAUGACAUUUUAUUCAGGCUAUGCAAUAUAUUUUCACCUAUUUUCAUUAUUUUCAUCAUUGUUUAAAUUACUAUUUAUUUACUGUACCUGUACAGAAUUAAAAAAAAACUGAAAUAAUCAAAUUAUACUGUGCAGGGGACUAAUUUUUGUAUUUAUCUUAUUUAGUAUUGACUCUUUAUGAAACAUUUUUAGUUCAAAGUGACAUUGAUCUUGAGGGAUUGUAAUUCAAUGAAACAAAAUCAUUAGAUUUAAGAGUAUAUGUAUGUUGCAUAUUAUGUUGUUUUUUACACAGAUAUUAGCACAUUCCAGUUCAAUGAUGUCAUGUGAAAAGCAUUACAAUAAAUGAUUUAGAAUGUUCUAAGAAUUACAUGUUUCAUCUCAAUGGAAAAUAUUAAAUUUAUGUUAGAAAAUGCAUAUUCAGGAGAAAGGAAAAUUUUCACCUUCUUUCAUCUUACUUUUUGUUGAUGAUUGUUGUGUAUAAAACAAUAUUCUGAAUCCUGUUUUUUUUAUUUCUUUCUCUAUCUUGUUUUCAAGAUUGCAUAUUUAUUGGUGUAAUAUUUACUGAUUUCAAACGUUUUAUACAUUAUUACCCUCAAAGAAAACAGUUAAAGAAAAAAAAAAGUUGCUAAAGAUUGGGUUAUAUUGUACUAGACAUAAGUUAAUGAAUUUUGAAAUCUGAAAUCAAUAUAGCUUUAAACACUAACUUAAAGGUCAAGUCCACCCCAGAAAAAUGUUGAUUUGAAUAAAUAGAGAAAAAUUUAACCAUCAUAAUGCUAGAAAUUUCAUCAAAAUUGGAUGUAAAAAAAAGUUUUGACAUUUUAAAGUUUCGCUUGUUUUUCAUUAAACAGUUAUAUGCACAACUCAGAGACCUGCAAAUGAAAUAGUCGAUGAUGUCCCUCACUCAAUAUUUCUUCUUUUUUUAACAAUAUGAUAUUUCAUUUUUUUUACAGAUUUGAAAAUAAGGACCAACUUGACUGAACCAUAUAGCAUUAAAACAAUAUUAAUUCCACAUGUUCAGGGAGGAAUUAAUCGUCGUUUCACUUGACAAUGAGGAGAAAAUUAGAAUAUUUCUUUUUUCAUAUAAUAAAAUGCAAAAGAAAUAGUGAGUGGAUGAUGUCAUCAGUCUCCUCAUUUGCAUACCAACCAGGAUGUGCAUAUAACUGUUUUGUGAAAUUAAGUGAAACUUUAAAAUGUCAACUUUCUUAUUUCACAUCCGAUUUUGAUGAAAUCUUCAGUGUUGUGCUUGUCGGAUUUUUCUAUUUUCAUUCAAAUCAACUUUUUGUAGGGGUGGCCUUGACCUUUAAAAUCUUCAGUUUGUUGAAGUUCGCCACCCUCUGAUCAUUUUGCCAAUUUGAGAUUUGCACGGGUCUAGUGAUUUAAUAUUUGCAGAUAAUUUUUGUUUGUUAUUAUUUACCAGUCAGUGAACUGUUAAAUUUCCUUUUUAACAGGAAAUACCCAAAAUUUUUACAUCCCAUCAGAAUUCACCAAAUGCCCUGAAACCAAAGUUAACUGCAAGAAUAUAGUCAUAUGAUAAGAAGCAAGGGAAUCACAGGAAAAACUAUGAUCAAGGUAAUUGCUUGAAACUUUGCAUUGCCAAAUGAAUUGGCUUGCCACCAUAUAUAUUGAUGAUGUACACCUCAAUUUGUUUGUAAUACUUUAUGAUGUGCAAUUGCAACUGAUAUGUAUCUGUACUCGGUUUAAACAACAGGAAUAUGCAUGCUUGACUAGCAAAAAUGAAAUCUCUAUUCUGUAACAUACAAUGAAAUUUUGUUGAACACAGAACAAAUUUAGUUUUUUUUUUCAAUAAAAAUAUUUGAAGAUGCUAG